AUGGAGGCUCCACAGAAUCUGGGCUCAGUGCAGCUCAAGCAGCAGCCGAGGAAUGGCAGGAAUAGCGUCAUGCGCAUGCUAUGCGAUGCAUACGACGAGCAGCUCCAGGAAGACGUGUUCCUCGGCAAGCUGGAGAUCAAAAACACUUUCUACAACAUUCCAGUAUCUUCCUCGAUGACAGAGGGACCCGCGGCUCCCGACAGCAACUGGAAGUCGGCUCCUGCCGACUUGGUGCAGAGAACUUGGCGAACAAAGUUUCCCGAGAUGGAGGCUGCUCACAAUCGCGGGGAAUGCAAGCCCUGCGCAUACUUCCUGUACAAGCCAGAUGGAUGCAGGAACAGUGAAAACUGUCCGUACUGCCACCUGUGUCGCAAAGGUGAGAUCAAGCGCCGGAAGCGCCAACGGGCCAAGCAGUUCAAAGCUGCGGCAGCCUUGGAGGCCGGCCAAGUCGACGGGCACCAGGAUUGCUCAGACUGA